UCUGCCGGGUAAGUGCUGGGCGGCAGGACUGGGGAGGGGCGGAAGAGCUCGGCAGGAGGCCCCACGUGCAUUCCCGCGAGGGCCUCGGGGGCCGCAGUGGAAAAGAAGGGGAGGCUGCAUCUGCCUCUGCCGGGGUCCCGCCUCGGCGUCCGCCCGCUCGCCCUCUGUUACUUCUGCGGCCCCGGUGUUUCUGGAGCGUCGCUUUUCCGGUGUCUCUGCUCAGCGUUUCCCUUUCCAAAGCGCGGCCGGGGCCAGGGGAGGGCAAGGCCAGCUGUGCCCUUUGAUCCCGUGCGAAAACGGCGACCCUCUGACUACAGGGGUGUGGCCCAGAGCCACUUGGCCAAUUAGGGGUGGGGGCCGGGAUCUUUGUCCUGCGGAUCAAACAGUUGGCCCCUCUGGACUGCAUCUCCGUGCCCCCUAGACCUGCGGGGUAAUAUACGUGUGGGGAGGUCCCAGGGUAGUCGGCUUCUCUCUGCUCCAGACCUUGCACCCGAUCCUGAGGAUCCUUGGAGGUGGGGGGCAAGGGCUGGGAGGAGGAAGCGGAGUUUUCCCAGGCUCCCUCACACUUCCAGGGAAAGGCUUUCCAAGAACCCUGAACUCAUGGACCCUGGAGUCAAAUUUUGGUUCAGAUCUAGCCUCUUGCUAGCUGUGUGACUUGGGGCAAGUUGCUUAACUUCCCUGAGCUUUGGUUUCUUCAUAUGUAAAAAGAAAGUGAAGGAGGAAGGGAGGGCAGGAACGGAGGAAGAAUCCCUUUGAAGCCUGAUUUGUAUUGGAUUCACCAGUUAUAAAGCAAGCUUGUCCAAACCACUGCCCAGGAGGCGGAGGUUGCAGUGAGCCAAGAAAAAAAGGAAGCAUGCCCUUGCCCCAGCCAUUUUGGUAGAAGAGCUGGGCCUGGAACCCAGCCCUGAGGACAUCCUACGGCCCAGGGGCAGUGACACCUGCUGAGAGAGGCCCAGGAUGGUGGAGGCUGAGGAACUGGCACAGCUGCGGCUGCUCAAUCUGGAGCUCCUGAGGCAGCUGUGGGUGGGGCAGGAUGCUGUGCGGCAGUCAGUGGCCAGGGCAGCCUCAGAGUCAAGCCUGGAAUCCAGCAGCAGCUACAACUCAGAGACUCCGUCGACCCCAGAGAUGUCCUCAACUUCCUUGAGCACCUCCUGCCCACGGGGCCGGUGCUCUGUGUGGGGCCCACCAGAUGCCUGCCGAGGGGACCUCCGCGAUGUGGCCAGAUCGGGGGCAGCCUCUCUCCCACCUGCCAAAUGCCAGCACCAGGAGUCCCAGGGCCGACCGAGACCCCACUCAGCACCCUCGCUGGGCACCUCAAGCCUGAGGGACCCAGAGCCCUCAGGGAGGCUGGGUGAUCCGGGAACCCAGGAGGCACAGGCCCCAAGGUCCAUCCUGGUUCAACAGAGCAAGCUGUCCAAGCCCAGGGUGACCUUCUCUGAGGAGUCUGCAGUUCCUGAGAGGAGCUGGCGCCUCAGGCCAUACCUGGGCUACGACUGGAUUGCAGGGUCUCUGGACACCAGCUCUUCAAUCACCAGCCAGCCUGAGGCCUUCUUCUCGAAGCUGCAGGAGUUUCGGGAAACCAACAAGGAGGAGUGUAUCUGCAGCCAUCCUGAACCCCAGUUGCUAGGCCUGCGUGAGAGCAGUGGCAGCGGCCUGGAGGAAGACCAUGAAUGCGUGUACUGUUACCGUGUCAAGCGGCGCCUGUUCCCGGUGCCUGUGGAUCCCGGCACCCCCUGCCGCCUGUGCAGGACACCGCGAGACCAGCAGGGCCCUGGGACCCUGGCGCAGCCAGCACAGGUCAGGGUGAGCAUCCCGCUGUCGAUCCUGGAGCCCCCGCACCGGUACCACAUCCACCGGCGGAAGAGCUUUGACGCCUCUGACACACUGGCUCUGCCCCGGCACUGCCUGCUGGGCUGGGACAUUUUCCCUCCGAAGUCUGAGAAAAGCUCAGCCCCCAGGAACCUGGACCUCUGGUCCUCUGUCUCCGCUGAGGCCCAGCACCAGAAGCUGUCAGGCACCAGUAGCCCUUUUCACCUGGCCUCGCCAAUGCAGGUGCCACCCCCCACCCCGACCUGGUCAGUGCCCCAGGUCCCUCGGCCCCACGUCCCACGGCAGAAGCCCUGAGGACUGACUGCUGGAGGAGAACAGCAUUCCCGCCGCCUCCAGCCUCUCCCCUCUGGCAGGCGCACCCAGGAGAUGGAAGCCCCUGCCCGCCCAGCUCAGGCCCGGCUGUCCUAGGUUGGGCAGGUGGGUGGACCCAGGCUUGUCUGCUGCCUGGGUUCCAGAGAGGGAGGACCCUGGGGUGGAGGGUGAGGGAUUCUGUGGAAGUUUGUAAAUAAAGCUCAGUGCUCUGCA